CUCCUCCAAAGGUAACAGGGAUGGACUUAGCCAUGGCCCAUGGCCAUCUGAUUUACUAACAAAGUGGAAGAUGGUCAGCCCUAAGAAGGACAAGGAAUAUCUAAGCAAAGUUGGGGCUCAAGUACAGGUCCAUGGAUGGCUCUUUAUCAAGACCACAUAGAUACAAUGAGCCAUUUUAAGGAGGAUGGAUCAAUACUUCAGAGAAAAGGAGCUUUCAGAAGAAAGAAGCCCGUCACCAGAAGGGAUGAUAUCCGAGAUGUCACCAAAAAAACCAAGCAAAAUAUGACGGCCAGUCUCCAAGGCUCCUUGGAAAUUGAGGAAUGCGAUUCUGCCACCAUGAUGGAAGGAUUGAAAAAACGUACAAGGAAGGCCUUUGGAAUACGGAAGAAAGAAAAGGACACUGAUUCCACAGGCUCGCCAGAUAGGGAUGGAAUCCAGGGGAAAAAAAAGACCCAGAAGACCCAACUUCUCCUCAGCCCUUGCUUCUGGCUCAGAGCCCUCUCCUUAACUCUGUUUCAGCAUCCCAGCCCACACGAACCACCCUACAAUAGCAAAGCAGAGUACGCACGCGAAGGAGGAAAAAAAGUAUCGAAGAAAAGCAAUGGCGCCCCGAAUGGAUUUUAUGCAGAGAUUGACUGGGAAAGAUAUAACUCUCCUGAGCUGGAUGAAGAAGGCUACAGCAUCAGACCAGAAGAACCCGGCUCUACCAAAGGAAAGCACUUUUAUUCUUCAAGUGAAUCGGAAGAGGAAGAAGAAUCCCACAAGAAGUUUAAUAUCAAAAUUAAACCUUUACAAUCUAAAGACGUCCUCAAGAGCGCGGCCACUGUGGACGAGCUGAAGGCGUCCAUAGGCAACAUCGCGCUCUCGCCGUCGCCAGUGGGUGCAAUUAAAAGGAACUUAUCCAGUGAAGAGGUAGCAAGACCCCGACGUUCAACACCCACACCAGAGCUUGUAAGCAAAAAACCUCCAGACGAUCCCGUGGCCCUGGCCCCACUGUUUGGCCCUCCAUUGGAAUCGACCUUUGAAGAGCAGAGAUCAGAAGUUCCUUUAGAUCAGCCUGAGAUAUGGGGCUCUGUCCAACCAGUGAAUCCAAGCCUCGAGUCGCCAAAGUUAACACGACCUUUUCCCACUGGAACACCUCCACCUUUGCCUCCUAAAAAUGUACCAGCUACCCCACCCCGCACCGGCUCUCCUUUAACAGUGGGACCAGGAAGUGAGCAGACUGCCCCCGAGGUCAAAGGUGACAAACUACCAUCCAUCAGUGAUUUGGACAGCAUUUUUGGCCCCGUUUUGUCCCCCAAGUCUGUGGUCGUUAACACGGAAGAAAAGUGGGUCAAUUUUUCUGAUGCAUCCCCGGAACGGGUCACUCCAGAGUUGACUUCAAGGGAAAAGGUGGGGUCCCCACCCCUGGGGUCAGAAAACCCCAGUGACUCCCCAGCUGUUGAGCCUCCACGCAGCAUUCCGUCGCCACUUGAUUUAGAAGAGGUUCAGAAGAAGUUUUCUGAGCAGACCCUCGGGAAAGAUGAGAAUUUAGAAACAGUCGCCUCUCCUAAAGAUUUUGGGUUGGGCCAGAGAGCGACACCGCCUCCCCCUCCGCCACCCACCUACCGGACCGUGGUCUCGUCUCCCGGACCCAGCUCAGGCAGUGGGACGGGAACCGCCAGCGGAGCGUCCUCCCCAGCCCGGCCUGCCACACCAUCAGCCCACUGCACCAGCGGGACCACGCCACCACCGCCACCUCCACGGCCUCCAUCUCGGCCCAAGCUGCCUCCUGGGAAGCCCCCAGUGGGAGAUGUGUCCAGACCUUUUAGCCCUCCCAUACAUUCCUCAAGCCCUCCUCCAAUUGCACCCCUUGCCCGGGCAGAGAGUACAUCAUCAAUAUCGUCCACCAACUCCCUGAGCGCAGCUACAACACCUACUGUUGAGAAUGACCAGCCUUCCCUCGUUUGGUUUGACAGAGGAAAGUUUUAUUUGACUUUUGAAGGCUCUUCUCGGGGACCCAGCCCUCUGACAAUGGGAGCUCAGGACACCCUCCCUGUGGCGGCAGCGUUCACGGAAACGGUCAAUGCUUAUUUCAAAGGAGCGGACCCCAGCAAGUGCAUAGUGAAGAUCACGGGGGAGAUGGUGCUGUCGUUCCCCGCCGGCAUCACCAGACACUUUGCCAACAAUCCCUCCCCGGCCACCUUGACCUUCCGAGUGGUGAAUUUCCACAGGUUAGAACACGUCCUGCCAAACCCCCAACUUCUCUGCUGCGAUGAUGCACAAUGUGAUGCCAAUACCAAGGAAUUCUGGGUAAACAUGCCAAAUCUGAUGACUCACCUAAAGAAAGUGUCUGAGCAAAAGCCGCAGGCGACGUAUUAUAACGUGGACAUGCUCAAGUAUCAGGUAUCUGCCCAGGGCAUCCAGUCCACCCCGCUGAACUUGGCCGUGAACUGGAGGUGUGACCCGGGCAGCACGGACCUGCGCAUCGACUACAAGUACAACACGGACGCCAUGACCACCCCGGUCGCCCUCAACAAUGUCCAGUUCCUCGUCCCCAUUGAUGGCGGAGUCACCAAACUUCAAGCGGUGCUGCCCCCUGCUGUUUGGAAUGCUGAACAGCAAAGAAUACUGUGGAAGAUCCCGGACAUCUCUCAAAAAUCGGAAAAUGGAGGGGUGGGUUCUUUGCUGGCGAGAUUCCAGUUAUCUGAAGGCCCUAGCAAACCUUCUCCGUUGGUCGUGCAGUUUACCAGUGAGGGGAGCACCCUUUCUGGCUGUGACAUCGAGCUUGUGGGAGCAGGGUACCGGUUUUCGCUCAUUAAAAAAAGGUUCGCGGCAGGCAAAUACCUGGCAGAUAACUAAUAGAACCUCAUGCAAGCAUAUGGAGAACCCAUAUCGCGGAGGACUGUCGGUACAUGGAACAGGUUCUUGUUUGGGGUUUUAAUGAGAACAAAGUCAAACCUGCCCUGGGGACAUUUCCACCGGAAGUGUCCAUUCCUUUCAGCGACCUUUCUCCCUCCGUGGACAACACCGUGUUGCGACCAGUCCCACAGUAUUUACUUCUAGGUGUAACAUUGUUAAUGGUUUUAAAAUGUAAUUAUUGUAUUUGUAAAUUGUAUUCAUUCCUGUAAGACUGUAUUUCAGGCGGUUAGACAAACUUGAGUUUUAGCAUUUGACCAUUCAUGAAAUGGGUGUAAUUUAAACUAUGGUAUAUAAAUUUA